AUGGAGAGUAUAAAUUCAACACAAAUUGAUCAAACCAAAGGAUUACUAAGAAGAAAACUCUUUAUAAAAUAGUAGCCUUUGGAUUACAUAUUCACAGUAAAAGAUCUUUUGUUUAAAGUAUUAAUUACUUAAAUUAAGUAUAAAUAGAUUACUUUAGAAUAACUAUUUUAAGAGUGUAAGUAAAGAAAUAAUUACUCUUUAAAUUAUUUAAAUGUAUGA